AAACAAAGAACGUUAUUACUUUACAUCAGGCCGUUUAACUAGAUUCUUUUGCUUUAUAUUAAAAAAGUUACCGACAACUAAAAUGUCAAUGUCAAACAAACCGAAUGCAAGUUUGGGUGGUGAUUAUUUAUGCAUAAUUUACGUUUUAAAUCACUAAAACCUAAAUAAGAUUUGUAUAUAUUAAAAUAAUUCUAUGAGAAAUUACAACAGUUAAGUGCUUUAUUUAUUAGAUUUCACUGUGACUGUGACUUAAAUAUUUUCGAUGAGAAGUGUUUAUGAAUCACGAUGUUUAUGAAGCCUUUCUUAUUUAUAUUAUUAAUAAUAACUAAAUCCCAAGCAAAACAAACCGAUCAGAUAGAUAAUAACCUAAACGAUGUAGCCGAAAAAGUUUACGCAGUCAAAAUAAACAAAUGUUGUGAAGCGAACCAAUUAAUGAUAGACUCCUCUUGUAGAUUGGCUGAAUUGUUUAAUCAGACAUUAUGGGAGCCACAAUUUAAGUCUGAAGAUGGAAAAGAUGUUAAAUUGAAGCAUUUCCAAUAUGAAACAGGGUUACCUGAUUGUGAGAAUACACAGAUGAGGCCUAUCUAUUACUUGAAGAAUACAGAAGAUGAAUUGAAUAUUUUAUCUGAUGGACGUAUGCGUCACAUAAUCCAUCAUGAACACAGCAUAGAUAGCAUUAAAGAAGAUCCAACUCAGAGUAAUUCUUUUAGUUUGCAUGACCCAAUCACAAUUCCGGAGGUGAAAGAACCGACUUCCUAUAUUCACGAUCAAAGAAAAUACUGUAUGGACAAGAUUUUUAUGACAAAAACAAAUAUCACUGGGGAAUAUGCUUUAGUUUGUGUACCAGAAGUGAAAAUAGAUUGGAAAGAUACAAACUUUCUUUUGACAAAAAUUCUAAAUCCAAUAUUUCAUGGUAUUGCCAUAAUAUUAUUCCUUGCAGUAGCAAUAAUAUAUUUUAUCCUACCAACUUUGAGAGACUUGGCAGGAAAUAUUAUAACAACAAUAAAUGUUUGCUUAAUUGUUAGUCAAGCAGCUGAUUUUAUAAGAAUUUUUACUGAAUACAGCAACCACUUAAGCUUCAUGGUAACAGAUAUCAUAUUGUACAUAUCACUCCUAGGUGCUUUCUUUUGGCUAAAUAGUUUUGGGUUCUACAUUUGGAAAACAUUUAAAUCGAGAAAUGUAUUUUUAAGAGUAACCGAUGUACGUAAAUAUUGUUAUUACUCAAGUGCCGUGUGGUCUAGUGUCAUACUGAUGGCCGCAUUAGCAAUUUGUGCCCAUUUCCUUUUUGACACAGGCAGUAAUGGACAAAUGAACUCUCAUUUUUCCUCAUCCAUUCUUGUUGAUGACAUGGAACAGGAAACCAUAGGUUGGCUAGGAAUUGCAAUAUUCUUUACACCAGUGGCAUUCACCAUUGUUUUCAACAUAUUUUUUUAUGUAACAACUUUAAAAGUCAUUAAGAGGAUAAACAUUUAUGGCAGAAUUCAUCAUAAACUCAAAGGAUGUUUUGAUUUAUUCAUUCAACUAUUUCUUAUAAUGACUACAGCUUGGCUAUUCCUCCUGAUGUCUUGGUUGAAUAUUGAUGGACUUAUAUAUGCGCAUAUUGUCGUGAAUCUCUUACAAGCCAUAUUAGUAUUUUAUGUAUGUAUAGUAAGACAAUCCCAUGUGACGUUUCUACUGCGUAAAAGUUGUUGCUAUGCACAGCCGGUGCCGACAGGUGAGUGGGGAGACGAGAUGACUCAUAUGAAUGGUGGCAAUUACUAGGUAUAUUGAAUGUUACUUGUGUUAAUGGACCAUUUACAAAGGAUAGAAUUUGGAUCAUUCUUUUUUAUUUUAUAUUUACAAGGACAAUACUGGCCUGCGUUACUAGACUGUC